GGACUGUAGUGCAUGACAAUAGAGCUUUACAGUGAUGAGUGGAGGGAAUCUGCAUAAGUUUGUUACAAACUACACAGCAGAGGAUGUUGAAAAACUGACACUGCGGAUGAAAAAUGGUCUUGGCAGCUCAAAGUACAAACCAGCUGAAUAUAAAAGACUACAAGCCAUUCUUGAUGCCAAACGCCUGGAGUCUGAUCUAAUUGGAAAACAGGUUCAAAAGACUUGCUGUGCAGCCAAGGCGACCAAGGAGAGCUCCACAUUACGGCAGCACAGACAGGUGUGGAGCAGAGAGUGCCCCAGGCUGCAAAAGGCUGAAGAGAAGGCUGAGGACGAUGUCCGUGAUUUUCUAGAGCAGAUCAGACCAAAUGGUAGGACAGACACUUCCAUCUUCUCCCUUCAGGAUUAUGGGCUGGUCCUCGAGAAGGAGCGGGAGGCAUUCAGGGUAGCCACUGUGGAGCCUGUUCACCAGCUCAAGGAUGACCUGUGCUUCAGGCUGGGUGAAGUACAACAUCAGCAGCUCACUGCCCAUCAAUCAGACUGGGAACAAGUAAUACAACAGAUAAACUUUGUUAAAGACCAGCAAGACAACAUAAAUGCAAAUCUUCAAGCAGACUACCUGGCCUUGGAGAAGGAGAUAAUUGGCCUUGGCUUGGAGAAAUAUCGCACUGGUUCUUCAGAUAAUCUGGUGAUCGUAGAAACCGUUCCAGAGGAGGUGUUGGAUUCAGCCUGCCCUUACCCAGAGCUGAAGGACUCCCUGAUCCAGGCCUUCCACUCGCUGUCACAGAGGUACCAGAGCAGGCUGCAAAGUCUCCAAGACCAGCUGCAUAGAACGAACAGGUUCUGUGGCUGGUGUGCAGAUGACCACGAACGCUUCCAGUUCACUUUGUCUCAGUACACGCAUGACAUUCCCAACCAUAGAGCACUCUACAUGGACAUGCUGCAAAGACUCUUCCCUGGGAAAAGUAGACAAGAGCUGAUGGAGCAUGAACGCGCAGGGGACUGGCAGCGCUUCACCCAGGCACAGCUGAAAGCGGUGACCCAGCAGUGGCAGCGGGACCAGGAGGAGCUUCUGGCCAAAGCCCUGGUCACCCUGCAGGAGGCGAGACAUGCCCACCAGGAGGAGCUGGAGCUCCACAGAGACCGCCAGCACCAGCAGGACAUCUGCUCGCAUCUCAGGGAGAAGCUGCGGCAGUGGCGGGCGCAGCAGGAGGAGGUGGCGAAGCUGGAGGCAGUCAUAGCUGCCAGACAACAAGAGGAGGAAGAGGCGAGGUUAAAGAGGGAGCAGGAGAAGGAGUCGGCCAUCAGAGCACAGCAGAGAGAAAAAGUCAGGCAGUUUUAUUUAAAGCAGAAGAAGAGGAUGGAGCUGCUGGAGCAGAGGGAUCAAGAGAGACUUGCUUACCUGAGGAGCGUUAUGGAAGAGCAGGCACGGCGGGAUAAAGAGAGGGUGCAGUUUCGGGCAGAUAUGUUGCAGCGGCGAAGGGAGGAGAGAGCGGCGCAGGAGCUUGAACGGCAGAGAGAAGAAGAAGAGAAACAGCAUCGUCUGGAAGUUCUCAGACACCAGAUUGGAGUGGUGGCAGAGGCAGACCCGGAGAGGAUGAUGGCAGAUACAGAGGCUUGGAGGAGUCGACACUUGAAUGUAAAGGAGUUAGAGCUCCAACAGCCUCUCUAUAGUAUUAACACGUACACGGACACACAGAUUGUGGCUGAUCCAAGAGUGCGGGUUGAGCAGGCCCUGCGGGAUGCCGGUCUGCACCACAGCCAGUACGCCAAAGAGGUUCUUUCUGUUAUCAAGCCCCUUAAACCACCAAGACGAGAUGCCGCAUCCACACUCAAAUUCUGA